CCAUAAAGGAAACAAAAAGCUCUCUCUCCACUCUGAGAGGACUCCUUUCCCGCCCAUUCCUCGUCGCAGCAAUGGCUCCCAAGUCCAACAGCACCGAAGAAAUCGUUCUCAACUUCGUGAAUGAGCAAAACAGGCCGUUAAAUUCCCAAAAUGUGGCUGAUUCUCUGCAAAAGUUUAACCUCAAGAAGGCGGCAGUCCAAAAGGCAUUGGAUACUCUUGCUGAUAACGGGCGAAUAUCUUCUAAGGAGUAUGGUAAGCAGAAGAUAUACCUCGCUCGGCAGGACCAGUUUGAUAUUCCAAACAGUGAGGAGCUCAAUCAGAUGAAGGAAAAAAAUGCCGGUUUGCAGCAACAAUUUGAAGAAUAUAGGAAGGCAAUCAGUGAGCUUGAUGGAGAAAUAAAAGCUUUGCAGUCAAAUCUUACUCUCGAACGGAUACUUGACAAGGAAACUGAACUCAGAUCAGAAGUGAAGGCAAUGGAGGAAAAAUUGGAGAAGCUGCGUGGAGGUGUCAUGCUUGUGAAACCGGAAGAGCGAAAGGCUGUACAGGAUAUGUUUGCAGAAAAGAUAAGACAGUGGAGAAGGCGUAAGCGGAUGUUCAAAGAUCUAUGGGACACAAUAACUGAGAACUCACCCAAGGAUCUGAAAGAAUUUAAGGAGGAACUAGGACUUGAGUAUGACGAAGAUGUCGGUGUCUGUUUGCAGUCUCUCUGCAACUUACAGCAAAGCGGCAAGAAGCGGCCUAGAAGCCAAUAACCGGUUGGUGUCUUUCUCUGAUGGCGACUUGGGGUAUAUAUUGCUUUGCUUCUCAUAGAAAUAUUGAUGCCGAUAUGUGUAAACUAUUCCAUGCUUUAGCCAUCCAAAGCUAUUAUCUUCUAUGUUCGUGUAUAUAUUUUGAAAAAUAUUUCAAUGAGCCUGUGACACUAUAAUCAGGGGAACAUCAUUGACUUAGAAAGACAAGGAUUUUCUGUCUGUAUCGUGUUUUAAUCAUGAGAGAAUAGUCAAUGACCCUGUUCUG